AUGGAUGUGGCCAAAUGUCUGCUGGCCGGAGAAACGGAGCUCCUGAGCCAGGAAGUCGAUUCCGGGGAACAUCUCUUUGACUUAUGCUGUCAGUUCGGCCACGAAAGCACGGCGGCUGUUGAAGAAAUCGCCACGGCUGAAGCCAUGGCUUACCUUCUCGAUGUUGCCAUCCUCAUCGGGGAUGCCGAACUGGUCAGAUGCUGCGCCAAGCACUGCACCCGUUGGCCGCUAAGGCGCUGGAGAGGCGACGAGCUUGUGAAAAUCAUUGAAGAUGACUUCUCUCUUCGAUUUGAGAUUCAGGAGAAAGACGUCCUGAUUGCCGCUCUGGCCGCCGGCCUGGAGCUCUGUUCGAUCACGCUUCGCUGGCGGAAGCCAUCGUACUUUCCGCACACGCUGAGCUCUGGUGCCGAGUCGAAGGCCUUCAGCUGCAGCUGGGGCACUGGCAAGCGCAUGAAGAUACUAACCGCAUGGCUUAUUUUCUCCUGCACCCCUCCGGCCAAGAGGGCCGGCCUCGUGCUGAGCUCGUUCCGGGGAUGUGGCCAUGGCGGUCCUAUGUGCGUGUUCUCAUUGUUGGACUUGGCGAUCCUUUUUGGGCAAAGCGACUGUGCUCGACUCUGCGGCCCGAUGGACAUAGAGGCGACAGGGGAUACGCUGAAGGCGAGCCUUGAAGGGAUGCCUCUGGUGUGGGAGGACGAGGUUGAGUGCGAAUUGUGUGGAGUCUGUACCUCGUUUCGAUUUAGAACUCUGUGGGCCGAGAGCAUCGCAUCGCUCCCGGAGCGCCAGGCGGCAGCAGCCGAGGCACUUCGCGCCGCCCUGCAGGCAUCCCGCCGGAAAACCGCAGGAUCUGCAGGGUUCGGGCUCUUCCAGACCUUGCGCUCCUGGGCCAGCGUGAAGUUGGUGCCAGUUGCUUUGGUGAAUUUGGUGUUGACAUUCGCGGCGGAGCGGCCAUCACUGGCGAGGGUUUGGGAGGGACGAGACGGGGAGCUUCCGCCCUUGGGCCACUGGUGGGAGGAGUCGGUGCACCAGAGCCCAGCCAAUCGUGGUGAUGGGCCGGAUUUUGCCUCCAACGCAGCCGUGGCCGCAUGGAAGCAGGCGCAAGGACGCGGAGCUGAACUAGUCCACCAGGAGCCCUUCGACCUGGCUUUGGCAAUCCUCCGGCGUUUGGAGGACGCCGAGUCACUAGCCCACAUCAUGGUGGAGCAGGGCGGUGGGCUGAGGUUCUUCACCCGCGAACAUAUCCGAGCACAAGCGGCCAAGGGCAAAGUCCUCUGCAAGGGCUGCGGCUUCUUCUUCGGGGAGGGCAACCCGAUGCGCACCCACGUGCAGAAUGCCACGGAUACUCGCUGCUUCAGCGUGGAGGCAGCAGAAUACUAUCUCCGCCCCUGCCAAGAUGACAUCUCGGCCGAAGCACCUGAAGGGAGCCCCGCUGGUGUGGCCAAGACGCCCCCUCCCGAUCCGUGCCUCGAGGCAGCGCAGAGGGGCGACCUCGUCGCGCUUCGAGCACUCGUCGUGGCAGGUAGAGAUGCCACGAAGGCCACCGAUCACCGUGGGAAUGGUGUGCUUCACUGGGCCGCAGGCGGUGGUCAUGUAGAUGUUUGCGAGUACCUGCUGCAUGAGCUCAAGAUGGACGCCCGGGCGCGCACCUCGAAGCAUCACGGCCGCACAGCGCUCCAUUGGGCGGCACGGAACGGUCAUGCGGCAGUGUGCGCAUUGUUGCUGGAUGCAGCCGGUGACGAUUUCGUGGACGCUGCGACGGACGGUGGUGACACACCCCUCAUGCUUGCUGCUUGGCAGGGCCACGUCACGUGCUGCUCACUCCUUGUGAGUCGGCGGGCGGAUGUGCAUCACACGAACAGCUGGGGUUGCAACGCCAUGCACAAGGCUUCCAGGAUGGAUGGGGCGAGCUCUUCCUUGGAGAUGUUGGAGUACCUGACACACAGCAGAGUGGAUGCUGGCCUCGUCAACUGCAACGGCCACAACUCCCUGCACAAGGCGGCACAGUUCGGCUCCGUGCCGGCAGCGAGAUUCCUCUUGGAUGCCGGUUUGCGCACCAGAGCGGCCGUCACACCCGAUCGAGACCGCAAUGCGCCAUCUGCACUGGCCUUCGCUGCACGCUUUCGAGCACUGGCCGCUGAGCUCCGGCAUAUGGAGGACCUGUUGUGGCUGACUCCCGCGCUGUACGUCCCCAUGAAAGCGGCCGAAGACUAUCGGACCACCGACGACUCCGUCACGGACAUUUCCUCCCGCUAA